AUGAAAUAUUUUCUUAUGAAUAGCAAGCCGCAAUCAAAUUUCAAUCUUCAAACACAACAUUAUACAUCAAGGUGCAAGGAUGAUUCAUCAUCUACAUCGUCUAAUGCUGGAGAUCCGGUGGAAUGCGGAAGUCCGCCAGGUCUAUGGCCUACAGGAAAUAGAGUUAAUUUUCGAUUUCAUCGAGACACGGAAGCUAUUAUGAACAGACAAUUUGCUACCGAAAUGAAAGCUUUUUAUUAUUACCUUUCUAUGGCAGGCUACUUUGGUCGGGUGGAUGUAGCUUUGCCAGGAUGUGAAUCAUUUUUCAAACAAAUGCAUCAUGAAGAGCACGGACAUGCUCUGAGAUUUUUCGACUACAUCAAAAUGCGAGGCGGAUUAGUUAAUUUGUGUUCGAUAGAAGCACCAAUGAACCAAGACUGGAAAUGUCCUUUGAAUGCAUUUAAGGUAGCUCUUGAGCUAGAACUCGAAGUGGCAGAGAAGUUGGUUGAGACAAAUAACAUCGCAGAAAAGUAUAAGGAUUUGAAUGCAAGUGAUUUCAUCGUAACUGGUUUUAUGGAGGAUCAAAUGAAAAGUGUUAAUGACAUCGGAAGACUCGUUACAGUGUUGUCUGGUGUCGGAGAUCAAGCUCUUGGGAGAUUCAUGUUUGACAAAGACUUACUUGAUCAUUACGUGAUGCCAGAGUUCAAUAUUCUUAAGAAGAAAAAGUGA